GAGGGAAGCAGCGUCCCCCAUUCUGUCCCCUGCAAAGGGCUCAGAGAAACGACCCUGACACAUCUCCCCACCUCCUUCCCUCCCUGGCAAGUGGUACCAGCAUUGGUACAAAGAGCUGCUGGCCUUGUCCCAGCUGCUUCUCUGCUGCCUGCUCUCCUUUCCCCUGCCUUCAGCUUGGCUCUCCCCUCUGCUCUCGCCGGCUCCCUUUCUGCUGGCAGCCCGCUAAAGCACCCGCGCAGACUGACCAGCUGAAAGGAGUCUCAGAGCAAGUGGAUGUCGAAAGUGACUCUUCUGUAGAGGAGGGUAAAGCCCGGGAGAGCUGUAUAGAUCGGCCCCGCCAGCAGCACGGUGAGUGCGGGGGCUGAAGGGCACCGGGGAUCCCAGAGGCUGGGCAGACAGGCGCUUCUCCCCUCUGAAAAGCUCGAUGGCAUUAUGAAGAGGCGGUGCCUGCCACGGGACCAGACACAGCGGCCCCAGAACUCCUCUCCUCUCCCGUUCCCGUUGCUCCCAGCACCAAGAAACAGCCUCGUGUCUGGGUGGAGGUGAGCAGGCAGAAGUUGCGGGCAGCACCGAGCGCCAGCGGGCGACAGGCAGGCACGUGCCCAGGAGCAAUUGCAAUGGCAGCGCUGGUCCCAGCUCGCCAGAGCUGAAAUCUGGAGCUGCUCAGUCCCACGUGAGUGCUGCUGCAUGAGUUCCCACGCCCUGCCAGCUCCCACGCCCCCCUGACACCCGAUGACCGAGCAAGCCAUGGGCAGCGUCCGAGUCAAUCGGUACAGCAUCGUCUCAACUGAAGAGGAUGGACACAAGGUCUCUACGCUGGGCAGCAUGAAUGGGCACAGCCAGAAUGGGAAGGGCCAUGCUCCCCGGCGGAAGCACCGCAACCGUUUCGUGAAGAAGAACGGCCAGUGCAACGUUUACUUUGCCAACCUGAGCAACAAGUCUCAGCGCUACAUGGCCGAUAUCUUCACCACCUGUGUGGACACACGCUGGCGGUACAUGCUGAUGAUCUUCUCCGCCGCCUUCCUGGUCUCCUGGCUCUUCUUUGGCUUCCUCUUCUGGUGCAUUGCUUUCUUCCAUGGCGACCUCAAUGCACCGGCGGUGGCAGGUAGUCCCUCUCUCCUCAAGCCCUGCAUCAUGCACGUAAACAGCUUCCUGGGGGCUUUUCUUUUCUCAGUGGAGACACAGACAACCAUCGGGUACGGCUUCCGCUGCGUGACUGAGGAGUGCCCGCUGGCUAUCAUGGCAGUCGUGGUGCAGUCCAUCGUGGGCUGCGUGAUUGACUCCUUCAUGAUUGGCACUAUCAUGGCCAAGAUGGCAAGGCCCAAGAAGCGGGCCCAGACCCUCCUCUUCAGCCAUCAUGCGGUCAUCUCCGUGCGGGAUGGCAAACUGUGUCUCAUGUGGAGGGUGGGCAACCUGAGGAGGAGUCACAUCGUGGAGGCCCAUGUCCGAGCUCAGCUCAUCAAGCCCUACAUGACGGAGGAAGGGGAAUACCUCCCCCUGGACCAGCGGGACCUAAAUGUGGGCUACGAUGUGGGUCUUGAUCGUAUAUUUUUGGUCUCACCCAUCAUUAUCGUUCAUGAGAUUGAUGAGGAGAGCCCCCUCUAUGGGAUUGGCAAGGAAGAGCUGGAGACGGAGAAUUUUGAGAUUGUGGUUAUUCUGGAGGGGAUGGUGGAAGCCACAGCCAUGACCACACAGGCACGAAGCUCUUACCUUGCUAGUGAAAUCCUUUGGGGUCAUCGCUUUGAACCAGUUGUGUUUGAGGAGAAGAACCACUACAAAGUGGAUUACUCGCGCUUUCACAAGACAUACGAGGUAGCUGGCACACCUUGCUGCUCAGCGCGGGAGCUGCAAGAAAGUAAGAUGACCAUCCUACCUUCUCCUCCACCUCCCAGUGCCUUCUGCUAUGAGAAUGAGCUGGCACUUGUCAGUCAAGAUGAAGACGAAGAUGAUGAUGAAGUGGGUGUGGUAUUAGGGGGCAACACCAAGGAGGAGGGAGGUAUCAUCCAGAUGAUGGAUUUUGGAAGCCAUCUGGACCUGGAGCGGCUCCAGGCAACUCUGCCUCUAGAUACAAUCUCAUACCGCAGGGAGUCAGCCAUCUAA